CGCUUGCUUUCCUGCCUGCCUUCGUUGCCACCUUUCCAGUGCCCCUCUCCGCCCGACGGCCAGAGCUUUAACAGCGAGCGACUUCUGCGUAGCAGCCAUUUCUCUCAUCUCUUCCUCCUGGUUCUGAAACAUGGACGGCCUCAAUAUAGCAAACACUGCCUUUGCCAUCAACCUUUUCAAGGGGAUAACUGAAAAUGAUCGUACAGCGAACACAUUUUUUUCUCCUUUGAGUAUUACUUCUUCUCUGGCGAUGGUCCUUUUGGGUGCAAAAGGUAGCACAGCAGACCAGAUGUCAAAGGCACUAUCUUUGACUACCUGUGAAGAGAUUCACCAGGGAUAUGAGAAACUUAUUUCUGAAAUCAACAAACCAGGAACCAAGUACUUGCUUAAGCUAGCCAACAGGCUCUUUGGAGAAACAUCGUAUGAUUUUCUUGCACCAUUUAUAGAUUCCAGUCAGAAAUUCUAUCAUGCAGGUCUAGAGAAACUUAACUUCAGUAAAGCAUCAGAAGAUUCCAGAAAACAUAUUAAUGCCUGGGUAGAAGAACAAACAGCAGGUAAAAUCCAAAAUCUGCUUGCCCCAGGAAUUGUUAAUGGUCUUACAAGGCUGGUCUUGGUGAAUGCUAUAUAUUUUAAGGGAAAUUGGGCAAAACGGUUCCGCAAAGAUCUCACAACAGAAAAACCAUUCAAAGUUUCCAAGAAUGAAACCAAAAUGGUGCAGAUGAUGUUCCAGAAAGCUAAAUUCAAUGUGACCUACAUAGCAGAUUAUCAUACCCAUGUUCUUGAGAUGCCGUAUGUUGAUAAUGAGCUGAGCAUGAUCAUUCUGCUUCCCGAUGAAAUCAGAGAUGAUUCUACUGGCUUGGAAAAGUUGGAGAGAGAAAUGACUUAUGAGAAACUCAUUGAAUGGAUCAACCCAGAGAUGAUGGAUUCAACUGAAGUUGAACUGUCUCUACCGAAAUUUAAAUUGGAGGAAAAAUAUGAUCUGAAGCCUGUUCUGAAGAGCUUGGGAAUGACUGAUGCGUUUGAUGAAGGCAAGGCGGACUUCUCAGGAAUGUCACCCAACAACGACUUAGUCCUGUCUGAAGUUGUUCACAAAUCCUUUGUAGAGGUCAAUGAAGAGGGUACUGAGGCAGCUGCUGCUACAGCGGCUGUUAUGAUGUUGCGGUGCGCUAGGAUUCCUCGCCCAAUCAUAGCUGACCAUCCCUUCCUCUUUUUUAUUCGCCACAGAAUAAUGGGAGGUAUCCUCUUCUAUGGUAGAUUUUGUUCUCCCUAGGCGUUGUGUGUUUGUAUGGAUACAGUAUGAACACACCUCACUGUAGCCUGCUGGAAAUAUAUCAAGCAUUUACUUCAUCAGAUUCUUACACAUGUCACAUUGGGUAGCCUUUCAUUGCCAUUCUUCUCUUUGCAGCAGCCUUUUACAGCUCUAUUAAUAUUUGACUAGUGGCUCUGCAUAGGCGGAUCACUGCAAGGUGGCCCAUUUAGGCAACGAUGGCCUCUUUAAUAUCCUAAAUGCACAUUGAUGCAAAUGUAUGUUUUGUGUGCCUUAUUCAGUUCAAGAGACUGUCUCAUGGAGUAUAAGCAAAAUAGGGGAAAAUAAAGCAGGACUUAAUGAAUGUAUUUCAUCUUUUGCAUGCACUCUAUUUGAGGACAGGGCUCAUUUUUCAGGGGGCUUGGCUUUAAAUGAUAAGACGGUUGUGAGAGCCUUUCAUUCGUGGCCUUCCUCUUUCCAGGAUACUUUAUGGAUAUUCUUAUUUAACACGUUGCAACCAAUCCCAAAAAGAGCUGCUACCAAAGGAGCUAAUGUAAUAUACUUUUAUAUGCAUUUGAUAAGAAAAACGGUUGUUUGAUACUAGUUUCUGGUGUUCAAGCUGGCACUUUAAAAAAUUCUGCAAAACCUGUUUGUGAUUACAGUAAUGAAUAUAUUUUAAAGAAAAGCCUUGUUAGCACUAGGAAGAAUUACAUAGUUGCUUUACGCUUCUACACAGAUUUUGGCCUUGCAGAGAAGAAUGUGUUUGAUAACCGUAUGUAUGAAUCGAAGGUUGUAGAUUCUAAUGUAUUUAUUUACUUGACAAAAUAUGUAACCAAGCAGUUUAACUCAUAGCAGUCUACAACUAGAUAUUCAAAAUUCUACAAAUGAGGAUUUACCUUGCUUAACUCUGUGAUUGGAUUUUGAUGCAGCUAUUCAUGAAUUAAAACAUAAAAUUAAAAAAAAAUCCUAUACAAA